CGUUGUUGUUCUCUACCUGGAAGCUCGAAGUAAAAGCUGAUUUUCUCACCUGAUCGUAACAUGCUCUAGCUUGCGUUUCCAUUCUGCGUUCUGCAUAAUAAAUAAAGGAUCAUAAUGAGUUAUGAAGAUAUCUUAAAAACCAGACUGCUCCAACAGGAGUGCCAUUUUACAUGGUCUCUAAGAGAAGAAGACUUUGCUGUGUCUGAUUUACUGAUUCGUCUGGAUGAACAAAUUGAGUUGGAAUCCGGCAAGGCCAGAGUAACACGGGCUUACAGCAGCUUGGGAUUUGUUUAUUAUCUUCUUGGCAAUCAACAGAAAGCCCUCAAUUAUCUACAGAAAUCUGUGCAGCUUGCAAAAGAAUACUACAAAGAAAAAAGUGAUGAAGUUCUUAUUGUUACAUAUGGAGACCUUGCUUGGUUACACUAUUAUAUGAAGGAAUUCUCUAUAUGUGAGGACUAUUUGAGAUUGUUAGAGAGGAUCCAUGGAACAUUUUCUGAAGGAUUGAUUAACACCGUCCCUCUAGAAGUGCUCAGAGAAAAAGGUUGGGCUUUUCUCAAAUUCUCCAGGAAAUACUAUAAUGGUGCGAAAGAAUGCUUCAGACAAGCCCUUGAAGUAAACCCAGAUGAUAGUGAUUUAAACACAGGUUAUGCUAUUGCAUUGUAUCGCACAACUAGGCCCCCUGAACCCCAGGACUCGCCUACAAUGAAACAACUCCAAAGAGCUAUAAAGCUUGAUCCAGAUGAUGCUGUUCUACUUGUGCUGCUGGCUCUGAGAAUGAUGCACACCAAGGAUGAUGAGAAAGCAUAUCAUACUGCUGUGAACAUGGUGAUUUGUGCCCUGUUGAAGUCUUCUGAAAACACUCAUGUCAUAAGAUAUGCUGCACAGUUCUUUCGACAGUUGGGACCCUUGGAUGAAGCCAUUUGUUUACUAGAAAAAGCACUGCAGGAUACCCCCAACUCAGCCUUCUUACACCAUCAAUUAGCUAGGUGUUAUACAAAGAAAAAUCAAAUUCUGAGAAAGAAAAAUCCAGAGUGUAAUGAAUAUCUUUAUAGGUGUAUCUAUCAUUUGGAAAAGGCAAUUGCAUUGAAGCCAUUUUUUAUUGUUGCUAUGGCUGAUUUGGCUCUGCAUUAUGGACGGCAAGGUAUUAAUUCAAAAGCUGAUAGAUUUUUUGAAGAAGCUUUUAAAAUGGCAAAUAUUAAAAAUGAGCAUCAGCAGAUGGUUUAUUGUUUAUAUGGCCAAUACCAGCGCUACCAAAAAUCAGAAGAAAAAGCCAUUUAUAACUUCAUGCAGGGUCUGAGACUGCAGCCCAAAUCAUUAGAGGGCAAGAUGUGUGAGACAAAUCUGAGACAGAUUUGUGAUGAUCGUAUUAAAAAGCUGAAAAACCCACAUGACAGUAAGGCAUGUGGAAUACAUGGAUUCAUUCAUGAAGUGAAAGGUGAAAAACUACAAGCUGCUGAGCUCUACAAGAGAGCUCUGACAAAAGGGCUUGCUGAAGGUGAAAGCUCUUUGCUCACAGAGAUGAGGAUUUGGCUCAUGAGUUUAAAAGAAGCUGACAAAAAAUCUGUUCCAAGGCUGAUAUUUGACCGAGGUACUUAUGAAGAAGGACUUGGUAGUGGUGGGCUAAAAAUUGUUAAAGGCACAAUGGACAAGAAAAUUGUGAACCUCUUUGAGAUUGACAUCAGCAAUAUCAAGAGAAUUCUUCGAUGGGAACAGCAGGCGCUUAAUUCUGGACCUCAUGCGGUUAUACUUGCCAUUCCGCUAGAUCAUGGGGAAUUCACAGACAAGACUAAAGAGAUUCUUGAGUAUUUAGAGCUUCUUGGCGAGAAAUUCUGGAGUCAUGUCAUUGUGGUAUUUACAGAGGGAGACAGCAGUAUAGAUAAAUACCACGGAACACAAAAAAUAGUUUUACAGUGGCUUCUUGAAAAAUGUGGAAGGAGGUACUACAUCUCUGGCGGUGCGUCAAAUAUUGUAGAGAUGGGAGAGCUUUCAAAGAUGAUUCAGGAGAUGAUUCGGUGCAACAAUUCAAUGCAUCUACUAUUACCAGAAAUGGCAGAUGGAGAUGCUCAGUCUGGGAUGGAAAUAAAAGAUGAUGAUUUGGUCACUCCUGAGAUAAUUGACCAGGAAGGGCAAACUGUUUACAGGGUAUCAUGCAGCCAUGCAGGUUGGUUCCACUGUAAGUUAACACAUCUUGGUUUCAACGUGAAAGGGGCAGGAGAGGUGCUGUACAGUACAGUUCUUCAGGAAAACAGCAGUCCAAUUCCUGCCAACUGUUACCCAGCAAGUCCUCUGUAUGACAUCAGAUGUGUUCAGGGUGAGCUCUGUCAACUGAAACUGCCUCACUGUGAGACCUCCAUUGAGGAUGGGAUCCAUUCAAUGUCAGUUGUACAUUAUUCUGGUGACUUUGUUGAGAUUCUGAAACCUCAAAAUUUCACAAGCACACAUGUCACUGUGAACAUCCUUGGAACAUCAAAAUUCAGGCUUGUCAAGAUAAUUAACUGGUUUAAGGAAAAGAUCUCUGGACAGGUGAUGCUAUUCUACUUUCAACCGGCACACGCAUUGCAUGUGUUUCUACAACCUUACAAACUGAAUCCCAAAGAAGUGGCUGCUUGUCAUAAGAAUUAUGAAUUAAUCCAAACAAUUUGUGAAUGCACUCUUAUAUAUAACUCCACAUAUAGCAUGUCCUGUGUUGCUGUAGAGGAACAUGGAGCAUCAGUGACGCCAGUAAUAAGGAUACAGCCAAAGACACGAAAAUUCUGCUACACCUUUAAAGAGAGAAGUCAUUACUUUCCAACGUUUGAAAUAUUCCUGCCAGAUGAUGUGAUGAAUGUGAGGUUAUCCCUCAAAAAAGGAAAUCCAAAGCCAGAAAAAGUUGUGUGGGACUGUGAAAUACCCCUCAAAGAACACGUAACAAACAAAUUGUUCAGUUCUUCAACAGAUGAGCAGUGUCCUUCUUGUUUAUCCUUUCUGAAAAACAACAGAUGUGAGAUCAUUCAACGCGUUGUAAAUAUUGAUGCCAUUAUGGAUGGCUUUGCUGAUGUUAUUUACUCAGAAUAUCUAGAUAAAAUCAGAGCAAUGACAAUACCUCAGGAAAAAACUAGGGCCAUCUAUUAUUAUCUAGACAAAAUGCCUGCUUGGAAACAGGAUUUUUUCAAAUUGCUGAAGCAAAAUGAACCACAGCUUAUGGCAGAGCUGAUGUCUAAUAAAUCAACAGGCAACUCCAGUUAAGACGACUAACAUUCUCUAAUGAAAGGGAAACUGAUAAACCUGAAAUAUUGACAAUAUAUAACAGGGAAUGAAAUGUACUGUUUUACAGUGUCACACAACAUACAAAUACAAACAUUUUCUAAAUUGUAUAUAAAUGCUGUAUUUGUAUAUUUAUUUUGUAAUAUGUUAAUGACAUUAUUUUGUCACUAAUUGUCAAGUACGUUUCUGGUUUUCUUUUUUGACUGACCAUUUAACAUUUCAGUCCUUAGAUUUAUUAAUGUAACAGCACUGCAACGUUUCUCUGUUUGUAUUAGUCUGUUUGGUCGGUUGAUGCAUGUACUGAACAUAAAUUAUGAGCAGCGAUUUAAAAUAGCACACUGUAAGUCAGUUUGGUUGAAUUAUCUGCCAAAUGCAUAAAUGUCAAAUGUAAAAAUUUUGAACUUUCUUGAGUUACUUUUCAAAUGAUGGGGAGCUUUACCGAGUUCUAGACGGAGUUAGAAUGAGCAUCUAUACACAACUAUGAAUUUCUUCCUGAAUAAACUAAUUUAUUAUAUCAUCAC